UACAAAUAAGAUAACCACUUUUUGCGUCAAGAUGAUGUAAAUAAAUAUCAGUAUUGUAGUUAUUCAGUUAUUUCAGUUCAUGGUGUGUGUACCAGCAACAGCUAAUAAGAUAAAUGUCACAGGGAAAAGGCUUUAAGGAGUGACAGCGUAUUGGCAAUAUUUCUUUGGGAAUGACAGAAUAUGGACAGUUUAAACCGGCUAGCAAAAUAGAAGUGUAAUUGACAUCUUAAGUAACAGAUAUUGACAUCCCUUAUGACAGAUCUAUUGUUAGUAACAUUGGUUUGAAGGAUCACUUACUUACUACAGUUUUUUUUAAAAAAAAACAUGUUUUCUAGCAAAAUAUAUUGACAUGAUGUAAUUUAGGAAAAAAGAGGAAAGCUAUUGUUGUACACUGUUUGACAGGUUAAAAGUGUUUUGGACAGAAAGAUGGUUUCAGUUGAAUAGUGGUAAAAGUGAUUUAUUAGCCAAUUGUUUUUAUGAAGUAAAAAUUUAAACAUAAUGAAUGGACAUGAAUAAUUUUCAAAAUUGUAUUAAAGGUUUUAACCAUAAGGAAGUUUAAUUCUCCGCACCUUAAAAGAUGUUACAAAGAGGUAUGUUUCACAUCGAUGCAUAGUGUCAGGUAGCUGAAUGAGAUGACUACGGAGUUACGAGUAAUAAAGGAUUGAUUAAGAAAAAUUGGAUGGUAGUGUCACAAGUGUGUUGACAUACGUCUUCACGGAUAUAAAGUUGAAGUGAACGUUGAUCACGGCAAAGGGAUUUGCAUGGGUCGUACAAGAGCAAGACUGAAGAAUGUUGUUGUGACGGGGAUAAUUGUUUGUUGUGUCAUAUUUCUUUGGAUGUUGGCGAUCACCAAACAGGAUGGGACGUAUGAAGCUUUGAUGCAAGACAGAUUUGUGGAUUUACAGGAGAAGCUAGAGAAGUCGGACUUGGUUAACAAACAGCGUUUAAAUGAUCUGCAAAUCCUGCGCAGUCAGUUCAAUUUUCUAGUUAGUCUUGUCACAAAUAAUGCAACUAACAGCUCGAUGACGAAUGAAUUUCCACACAUCAUGAAAGAUAGAGGAAAGAAUUUCAGCGAACAGUUAGGUUCCCUUCAUCUACCAAGUAUAUUCACCUACCUUCCACACCUGACGGGCCAUCCUGAUAGUCUCAAACCUGUGUUCAAACUCUCACGCAGCAGAUACGGAGCAUCAAUAGUGAUGGGCAUCCCAACAAUCAGAAGGGAAAGGGCAGAUUAUCUUUCACAAACGGUGCAGUCACUGAUAGAGGGAAUGUCAGCGGAGGAACAAAAAGCGUGCCUUAUUAUAGUCUUUGUGGCUGAGCCAUGGGACAAACCCUAUGCAGAAGAAGUUGGCAGGCGUCUCAGUAAAGAAUUCCAGCAGCAUUUUGAGAGUGGAUUACUGGAGGUGAUAUCGCCACCAGCAGAGUUCUAUCCAGACAUGGACAAUCUGAAACUUACAUUUGGUGAUACAAAAGAGAGAGUCAGAUGGAGAACGAAACAGAAUUUAGACUUUACUUUCCUCAUGUUGUAUGCAAGGACAAGAGGAUUUUAUUAUGUCCAGUUAGAGGACGAUGUAAUAGCUAAACCAGGUUACUUCUCUAUCAUGAAGACUUACGCUGACCAGCAGAAGAGCAAUGAUUGGAUAUUGCUCGACUUCUCUGCUCUUGGCUUUAUUGGUAAACUUUUCAAAUCGUCCCAGAUCCCGGUGAUAGUGGAGUUUUUUCUCAUGUUCCAUAAAGAUAAGCCAAUAGACUGGUUGUUAGAUCAUUACCUCAAUGUCAAAGUUUGCAGUCCUGAGAAAGAUAAGAAACAUUGUGCUCGUAUGAUCUCCGAAGUCCGUAAGAGAUUCAAACCUUCAUUGUUCCAGCAUGUUGGAAUGCAAUCUUCACUGAAAGGAAAAACUCAAAAAUUGAAGGAUAAAGAUUUUGGCAAGCAAGCCAUAUACCGUGCUCAUGUAAAUCCACCAGCAACAAUUGUGUCGUCAAUCAAGGCAUACCAGAAAUACUUCAUUAAAAAAGCGUACAUUGGCGAAGAUGUGUUCUGGGGCCUUUACCCUGCUGCAGGGGAUACCGUUGAGAUUAGAUUUGAUCCUGCCAUAGAAAUAGCCAGUUUCCUGUUCAGGAGUGGUAAUUCAAACCACCCAGAUGACAAGUUUCUGGAUACUUUAAUAGAGGUUCUUCCUGAAGGUGCUAAAGAUGAUGCUUAUGUUAAAAUAGGAGAGUUUGAUCAGUAUGGGCUGGCCACUGGUGAGGUUGGGUCAGAUAUUGCCAAAGUUAAAAUACUACGUCUAAAAGUCCUAAAAGAAAGCUCAAGCUGGGUUAUACUCAGUGAGGUUCAUAUAGUGCCAAUGAAAUCCAGCUGACCUUAAAUGGAUGAAAAGAGCUGAUCUGGAUUACCAAGCAACAAUCCAGGAAGUAGAUGGCUAGAUAUUUCCAAACCGGGGUGCUUGCAAUAGGGGCUCUCAGGCCCUGCCUUCACUAAUAUCUUUUGUAUUUGUCAUAUCCGUAAAAUGUGAUGGAAUCAUCCAUGCAUGGAUGUCUGGUCCCACUAAUACUAUAUAACUAUCUCAUCUGAAGUAUAUAGUGAAACCUUUCAAGUGGAUGUAUAGCCCUGCCUUCUUUUCUUAACUUUUUUUCUGUCUCGUUCAUUGCAUGUGAUGAAUUCACAAACACACAGGGUGUUAGGCUCUUCCUUCACUAGAUAAGCAGUUGAAUCCUGUCUCGCCUAUUGCGUGUGAAGGAAUCAUCCAUGUAGGGGUGUCUGACUCUUCCAGUACUAUAUAACUCAUCGGUUGUUAUUGUAUGUGAUGGAAUCUUCCAAACAGGGGUGUCAGCACCUGCCAUCAGUAAAUAAAUUCUGUAUCUAUCUCAUGCAAUCUAUGU